CUGAUCACUUCUCCAAAUCAGCGGAUGUGGAAAAUAUUAUGAACAGAAUGCCAUCUACAAAUAUGGCAGGGAAAUGUUUAAGAUCCUGCAUAAUGAAGAUAUAUAAUGUGAUGGAUUCUGAUGGGAAGUUUGUACCUACAGUGGCAAUGCUGGAAGCGCAGCGUCUAACCAAUGGUAACAUGGAGAAAAUGAAAAUUGCAGAGGAUUUGAUACAUGCCUGUUCCAAUAUAAAGGUCUCGGAAAACGAUUGUCAAGCUGCUGCUGAUUAUGACUGGUGCUUUAGAGAGCAGUCAAAACUAAUGGGUUUACCACAAUAUUGAAGCGAUGAAUCAUUAAAAAACUGAAAUAAAAAAGAAAAUAAUUAAAAUCGUUA